CGUUUGAAGGAAAACACAAGGAAAACGUCAAAAUGAGUAAAGAAAAAGAUAAAUUAGUGAAUACACCUGGGCAUAAAGCAUUACAAACCAUGGAAUCGUUGAAUAAAGAAUUAGUUUUUAAAGUACCUAAAGUUCCAGCACGCAAAACAACAACGAAAAUUUUAGACGAGGAAUCAUACAUUGAGGAAAUGGGUAAAAUUAUCGAACGUGAUUUCUUCCCAGAUUUAGAGAAACUAAAAGCACAAAAUGAUUAUUUAGACGCAUUAGAACGUAACGAUCGAGAUAAAUUACGUGAGAUAUUUGCGAAAUAUUCCGAAGGCCGUUUACCUCACACUGAACCGCGUUUAGCAAGUCCUGCAACAUUUGAAACACCUGCAAACUUACAUAACGAACCAACAUUGACACCAGACAUAUCAAAACGUACAUCAACGACACCUCCACGAGAAGAUGAUCUUGAAUCCAAUUCCGAUAUCAAAAAGAGUAAAAUAUCUUUAGAUUCGUAUUUAGCGACUCAUACGUCAGAGGAUAAUAAAAGUUUUACGGAAAUAAUGGAAGAAACGGAACAAAAACAUCGAAUUAAGUAUUCGUACUUAUACAACGAAGAAACGAAAAAUUUAAGUUUAGCAUUACCAUCAAUUGAACAACAAGCUCAAAUUACAGAGCGACCGUUUAAUGUUGAUGGUUGGAAUUAUAAAAAUAAGAAUUAUAUUAUGUAUGUACCGGAUGGGGUGGAAUUAACGAAACAAGAGUUGAUUGAAAUGAGUAAAAAGCGAAAAGAAAUUGUACACGGAAACACACGAUUACAGGCGAAUCCAUUUGAUGAGGAACAAAGUAAAGAAACUAUUUCUGAAUUGGCGAAGUCACAGGCAAAAAUUUUAGAUGGACGUAUUGGAGUUGAUGGUAAAGAAUUAAUUCAAUCGGAAACACCACAAGUACUAGGUUUUAGUUUAGUACGAACACCAUCUCCAUGUCCUGGAGUUGCUGAGAGUCCAUUAAUGACUUGGGGACAAAUUGAAGGCACACCAUUUCGAUUAGAUGGAAGCGAUACACCGUUAACAAGAUCACAAGGUCCGUCAUUUAAAAUUGCAGAUUUACCAAAACGAGAAAAACUUGCUUUAGCACUAGCUGAAAAAGUUGGCGAACGGCAUCGUGAUCGAAAACAAAAAGCAAUACAAGCUGCAAGACGACAACUAGCAACACCAUCACCAAGUCCAUCAAGUUUACGACGUUUAGAAACUAUGUCACCGGCAGCAAGACGUUUAGCAGCCUCUUCACGACUAGGUGAUUUAGCAUUACGUGCAUCCUAUUCACCAAGUCCAUUAUUGUCAGGAACACGUGGUACAACCAGUAGACUAACGUCUUCAUCUGCACAUAGUAAUUUAGUUCGAACACCGAGAAGUAAUAAUCGACCUGCAACACCGAAAACACCACGUAGUGUUGGUGUUACACUAAACAAAAACUUAACAGACAAUUUAUUACAUAUUUCAGUUGCAAAACGUGCAAAAGCUAGUGAUUUUUUUUAG